AGUCGCACCGGUUUCGAUUUCAUUACAGUACGUCUGCGGUUUCCGUCAUCACUGCAAUAGCAUAAUGUUAUCACGACAUUAAUAAUAACUAAAUGAACAUGUAAGGUGUAAAAAUAUUAUUCAAAAUAUCAUUUACAAUAAUGUACAGGCGUCGUGUUUCGAAUAAAAUUGUUUUUUUUGUAAAAGUAUCUUUUUGAAUGACGUUUAGUUAUCGUACGCGUGUGUGAACAGUGCGGUUUGUUUUCAUAUAUUAUUUUGUAGGCUUGUAGCAUAAUGAUAUUAUAUCAAAACGUUAAUAACAUAAUAUAAUAUCGGCGCGCAAAAACCGUACGUUCAGCUUCGGUGUCAUUGAAGACUGGCCACGGGGCCUUGUCGCGGCAAACGUCCUAUUAUGGUGCGAGAAAGAAAUAUUAUGUUCCUGUUCUACACUAGGCUCCAAUUUCCUAAUGAUGGGUGCCUGUAAAAUGCAUUAUUCAAUAAUAUAUUGUCUUAGUCACAAUUUAAUUCUUAGCUCAAAUUCAUAUCAUUAAAGCUGUGAUGACCGUUAUGGCAGUAUCGAUUGAUGAAAUACGUGAAAGUAUUAACAUGGCUCGUGAGAUGGCUCUUACUGGUAAUUAUGAUUCAUCACUAGUGUAUUAUGAAGGAGCCAAAUUACAGUUGGGACGAUUCUUGUCCACUGUUGAUAUUCAAGCACGCCGAGAAUCCUGGCGAACUAUUCAACGUCAAAUCAAUGAUGAAUGUGAACAGUUAAAAAUGUAUUCAAAUACCUUAAAUAAAUUAAAACAACUAAGAAGUAAUGACUUUGAAAGGAAUGAGAGGCCACUUAGUGCAUCUACUCCAGCAUUGAAUAGAAAUAAUAGAAAUGAUAGAAAUGAAGAUAUAUCCCCCGUUGAUGGAUUGUCAUGGUUUGGAACAACCCGUCAACAGGUCAAUGGCAGUGGCUCCUUAGAAUGGCCCCCAGCAAAUAAUAAUGAUCCUGAUGUUUGGCCACCUCCAUCACCCGUUGAACAUAGACCUGGGCCACAAGUUAGGCCACAGAAAACAUCUCGGCGUAAUGAAACAUCACGAGUGACCAAUAGGAAUCAAAAAAUUGGGCCUAAUAAUACCCGUAACAGUGCCACUAGAUCUCAGAUAGCAAAAAAAAAUGAUGAUGUUAAAAAAGGUCCAAAAAAAGAUACUAAUGGUCAUAAUACUAAUGGAACGACUGAUAAAAGUGAAAAAGAUAAGGAUGAAAAAGAAGUUUUGAAGCCAGAAGAAAAACGAUUUGAUUGUUCCUCAUAUGAUCAAGACCUUGUUGAUAUGCUAGAAAGAGAUAUUGUACAGAAAAACCCUAAUAUAAGGUGGAGUGACAUAGCUGAAUUAGAUGAAGCUAAACGUCUCCUAGAAGAAGCAGUAGUACUUCCUAUGUGGAUGCCAGAUUUUUUUAAGGGAAUUCGGCGACCUUGGAAAGGAGUCUUAAUGGUUGGCCCACCUGGAACAGGUAAAACAAUGCUUGCAAAAGCUGUGGCAACUGAAUGCAGGACUACUUUUUUUAAUGUAUCCUCAUCAACACUAACUUCUAAAUAUAGAGGUGAAUCUGAGAAACUUGUCAGGCUCCUUUUUGAAAUGGCAAGAUUUCAUGCUCCAUCAACGAUAUUCAUUGAUGAAAUAGAUUCUCUUUGUUCACGGAGAGGCUCAGAGUCUGAACAUGAGGCAUCCAGAAGAGUGAAAUCUGAACUCUUAGUCCAAAUGGAUGGCUUAAGUGAUACAAGUACAGAAGAAGAAUCUGGGGCUAGCCGUAUUGUGAUGGUACUGGCUGCUACCAAUUUCCCUUGGGAUAUAGAUGAGGCGCUUAGACGUAGACUGGAGAAGCGUAUAUAUAUACCUCUACCCAACAGUGCUGGUCGAGAAGCGCUACUGAGAAUAAAUCUUAGAGAUGUUAAAGUAGAACCUGAUGUAAAUUUAACGGAGAUAGCUACCAAACUUAAAGGUUACUCUGGUGCUGAUAUUACAAAUGUUUGCAGGGACGCAUCUAUGAUGUCUAUGAGACGUAAAAUUGCUGGAUUAAAACCUGAUCAGAUUCGGCAAUUGGCCAAAGAAGAAGUGGAUUUGCCAGUGUCCUUCCAAGAUUUUAAUGAAGCAAUAGCAAAGUGCAACAAAAGUGUUUCGUCAGAUGAUUUGGCCAAAUAUGAAAAGUGGAUGAGUGAAUUUGGCUCUUCAUAAUUGUUGCUGAUAAUGAACUGUAUU